CAAAGGAAGAAGAGGAGUGACGUUCAAAGGUUAUGUUAUUGAUUGAGGUUAUGUACCUUGUUGAUUUUCCAUAAAUAAUGGAAAUAACGCCUAUUACAGUGAAUUCCAUACCAUUGGGAGAUAAUACAAAUGAAAUUAAUAAAGAUGAAAACCAAAUACAAGAUAUAGAUAGUGAAAUUAAGGAUCCUGAUGAUUUAAGGAGUGAAACUAGGCUACCUUUAAAUAUGGCACCUGGUGCUGUGAAGCUACGAUCCUGGCUUAACAAACCUCUAAGAAUUAAAAUGACAGACGGUAGGACGCUGUUAGGCGUAUUUUUUUGCACUGAUAGAGACGCCAAUAUAAUAUUAGGCUCUUGUACUGAAUACUUACCAGCUGACGACACCAAAGCUAGUCUUAAUGAUGAACCUAGAAUGUUAGGUUUAGUAAUGAUUCCUGGUCGCCAUAUUGUAAAAGUAGAGCUGGAUGUUAAUGAAAAUUAUUCGGCUUUUAAUAUUGUGAAUGAUCAGGAAGAAUGCUAGGGUUAAUUUUUAUUUAUAUAUUUUUUGGAUUUAUUAGCAUUUAAAACAUAACUACAAAAUGUUAUCAAAAUCAGUUACAUAAAUCACAUUUUUUUUAUUUAAAAC